AUGGAUACAUUGACACUGGCGCAUGAUCCAAGUUAUCAAAAUAGUGGUCUAUACAGUCAAAUGUUGAAUGGUCAUCAUUACUUUAUGCUUAGCUUUUGGUCAGACGAAGAUCAUAGUGUAUUGAUCUUUGUUUGUUUACGGGCAAUGGACUUGGUCGAGGAUGAUCAGUCUCUAGAAUCGUUUAUGAAUGUAGUGACUGAAUUUUGUGCUCAAGUAGUUGGAGGGCAAAAUGCAACACGCAGGAAAUUCAGUUAUUCCAACUGUUAUGAUGACAUUGGGUUUACUGGUGGUACAAAACAUUCGAUGAUUAUCGUCUAUACAAAAAUGGUGAUGCAAACAUUCAAUGAUAUAGCCAAGAUUGCAAACCAUACAACAAAGCCAAGAUCGAAUGCCUUCUACGUUGGAAUGGCUCUGUUAUCUUAUCCAAUUGAAGUGUCUGUAUCAAAUAAAAUAGUCCUACCCAAAGUGCAAGUCAUGAUCGUUAUCCUGGUGAUGGCAUUAGUUGUGAUUCUGGUCGUAGUUCAUGGAUAUUAUCGAUUAUAG